AAACGUCGAUCCUACAAACAACACCUUGUUAUAAUGAAGCAAAGAGACGAUAGAAGUGACACUGCUAGUACUUCACCAAAAAUUAAAGCAGAAAGACUUUCUCCAAGUCUCGAAACAGAUCAAUUGUUAAUAAUUCCGGAACCAAGAUAUGUUCGCGAUUGGCUUUCUUCGUUACCAACCACGAAUAUAUCAAGAACUGGCUCAGGUUCGACGACUAUUGCUAAUAUUCAAGAACUUCAUGCUGUUUCUCAAAACGAUUCUUCCGAUAAAAAUUCAGAGAACAAAGAGCGUGUUGAUAAUCAAGAUCUAAAUGUCAUUGUAACGAGUCAAAUUUUUGAACAAAAGAAUCAUUUUACUUCUAAAAAUGUCGUCGUAAAAGAAGAACCGAUUGAUAAAGGAUUCAAUCAAAUAUCGAAACGACGCACCACUGUGAAAAAAUCGAGCUAUUCACAGCAAAUUAAAAGUCAAGGGAAAAGUAAGGAUGGAAACGAGAAGGAAGAAGUUGAAUGUACAGAGGAGAUCUUACAGAAAGUUAGAGAAUUUGAGAGUCUCCUCGAAGAGUUUGAUCGGAAGGCACUCGAAGCAUAUGAUGCAUAUAUGGAUCUUAAUUCUAUGUUAUCACCAGAUAUGGAGAUUAUUAUAGAUCUUCCUAAACAUGUCAAUAAACAUGUUGUUCGUCAAUUGAUGGGAUUCAUUGACAAUGAUCAUAGGAGUACGACUCCGAAAAUGAUGGCUCACAAGUCUCCUGCCCCUUCGCCACCUACUUUUCUCAAUGGUGAUCAUGAACAUGAGCCACUCGUUUUUUCACCACCUCUCGUCUCUAACGUAAAAGGAUAUAACGAAUCAGCUAUAGAUCCUGUAUUCUUCACGGAUCCUGCCAUGGUGAAACCAUCCGGUAUAAAUACUUUUAUUCCGCAAAGCCUCCCUUUCUCCGUGAAUUAUAAUUAUCAACAAGCCGGAAUUCCUCCACGUGCAGAAAAUUUUACACCUAUGCCGUUAUCACAUGAUUAUUCGGCUAUGACCGAUCAAUUUCAUUUUUCAACUCAAUCAUUAAGGUCUAAACAAAUGCGUUAUAAUCCUCCACGAGUAAUGCAUUCUCCAUUACCACAAUCAUCAAUGAUAACUGUUUAUAGUUCAAAAGUUGCGUCGACUACACCUCUGAGAAAGUAUAAAUGCGACUACUGUCAAAAAUUGUUCACUCGACCCAGUCAAUUGAAAACUCACACGUACACCCACACUGGUGAAAAACCUUUUAAAUGCAGUUUUGAAGGAUGUGGUCGAUGUUUCUCAGUCAUUAGCAAUCUUCAUCGGCAUGAAAAAAUUCAUGAAAAGCAUGUGAUUCAGCCUAGAAAAUAA